GGAAGACGUGCUUUUAUUUUGAAAGCACGGGAUGAAGUUCACGGAAGCAAUUACAACUUCCGGAACGGAUUGUGUUUUGUUUUUCGAUGAAUAAUUCACCUUCCUGGUUAGAAGACUACCUUGUCAGGAGGAAAUUGAAGUGAAGCCUUCCAAGCAGAAUACCGGGACAGUGAGCGGGUCAUCAGGCAGUCUCCUUAUGUCAGGCCGAAACGGGUCUGCAAGUGAUGCAGACUGCCGGAUCUCAGAGGACUGUCAGGUCCCGGAUGUGGAGCUCAUGGAGCUGGGGCCGCUGCUGGAGGAGGGAGGGGUUCAGCAGUCCGCUUCCAAAGGCAUGCAUCUAGAGGGAGCGGCCAUGCUGGCGGACGAGGAGGAGGAGGGUGACGACGUGGGAGAGGUCCUGACCUUGCCACUUCAGGCGCACCACGCCAUGGAAAAGAUGGAAGAGUUUGUACACAAAGUCUGGGAGGGGCGCUGGAGAGUCAUUCCCUUCCAUGUCCUGCCAGAGUGGCUCAAGGACAACGAUUACCUCCUACACGGACAUCGGCCUCCCAUGCCUUCAUUCCGGGCCUGCUUCGGAAGCAUCUUCAGAAUUCACACCGAGACCGGGAACAUUUGGACUCAUCUGUUAGGGCUGAUCCUGUUCCUGGGUCUGGGCACGCUAACCAUGUUGCGGCCCAACAUGUAUUUCAUGGCGCCGCUACAAGAGAAAGUGGUGUUCGGCAUGUUCUUUCUGGGAGCUGUGCUCUGCCUCAGUUUCUCCUGGCUUUUCCAUACCGUCUACUGCCACUCUGAGAAAGUGUCCCGCACCUUUUCCAAGCUUGACUACUCAGGCAUUGCUCUCCUCAUCAUGGGCUCUUUCGUGCCCUGGCUGUACUACUCCUUCUACUGCUCUCCUCAGCCUCGACUUAUCUACCUCACCGUUGUUUGUGUACUCGGCAUUGCCGCCAUCAUCGUGGCCCAGUGGGACCGCUUUUCCACACCUCGACACAGACCCACAAGAGCAGGUGUGUUCAUGGGCCUGGGACUCAGCGGCAUUGUUCCCACCAUGCACUUCACCAUUGAGGAGGGCUUUGUGAAGGCCACCACGGUGGGCCAGAUGGGUUGGUUCUACCUGAUGGGGGCCAUGUAUAUCACUGGUGCUGGUCUGUAUGCAGCCAGGAUCCCCGAGCGCUACUUCCCUGGGAAGUGUGACAUAUGGUUCCACUCCCAUCAGAUCUUUCACGUCCUGGUGGUGGCAGCAGCCUUCGUCCACUUCUACGGCGUCUCUAACCUGCAGGAGUUCCGCUACGGCCUGGAGGGAGGAUGCACGGACGACUCUCUGCUCUGAGAGGCCAGACUGUGACUUCUUGUUUCCUUUAUAGCCACACGCACACACACACACACACACACACACACACAGUAAAAUGCUGCUGGAUGUCCUUCUAGUUACCUUUCGAUCCUUAUCUAUGUCUAAUUUGCUCACAGGGUGUGAGGGUUUGGGUGUUAUUUUAUUUUCCUACCUUGGCUUAUUUUUGCUCCAAUGAAGUAGCAUUAACUCGCCAACAAGCACUCUGAGGAGCCCUCAACGGACCCUCCUUUGUCAGUAAUAAAACUUGAAAGUUGCAUCCCAUGUCAAAUCAGCAGAAAUGCAAAAUCCCCCAUAAGUGAAGUCCGCCUGCAUGUGACAGGCGCUAACAGAAUAUUGUUGCCAGUGGGAACCGAUCAUUCUGUCCGGGCCAGAGGAUGAAUGUACUUUCUGAUGUUUUAACGCCACUCCAGGGGCCACACGUGUAGGAAUACGAUAUCGGUGCGGGUAUACCGGAUGUGUUAUUGUUUUAGUGCUAACAUUUGUGCAGCUGUUGCUUGAAAUAUGGCAUAACCACAAACCAAUCUAUUACCACUCCACGGUAAGCCCACUAGAAAUCCUACUAAAUCACUUAGUCAUGAAGUGUAUAUACUUUUAAAUCAGACCUGGGCAAAUUAAGGCCCGGGGGCCACAUGCGGCCCGCCGGACAUUCCCAAAUAUUUUUUUUUAGAUCUUUAAUCUGGAAACUGUAGCUGCCAUUAUGAUGUGCAGUGAUGUUUUCUAAUGACCAUAAGUCUUGAACUAUACCAGGCCUAGGCAAUUAUUUUGACUCGAGGGGGGGGGUUUCAAGAAAAAAAAUGUGUCUGGGGGCCAGUAUAUCUAUGUUUAGGAACACUAAUACAAAACCUCACAAUAAUGUCUGAUUGAAUGCAAAAAAUGUUAUGAGAAACCGCCAAAAAAAACGGAAUGGAAUU